AUGCGACACGAAGGUUACAACGAAAGUGAUGAAGAUUUGAUUGAUGAUGUAUCAGAUCCAUUUGUACUUUGUGCUUUGCAUCAAGCAAAAAUUAUACGUGAACGAUGGAAAUUCUGGUCAGGUUCUGUGCCAGCGAAUGUUAAUAUUCGUUUGCAUCGAUUAGAAUCGCUUUUAUCAGUUAAGAAUAAUGUUUGUCAAUCUCGAUCGGUAUCAGAGAUGAUCCAAUCGGAUAAACAGACGAUAAGAGCAUCGUCGAAACCUCACAAAACAGAAAUUCCAUUGAACACAUCAGCGGUACCUGUACAACUAACAUCCAAACUUAAUUCUUCACAGCCAUUCAUUGCUGAGAUACGAACUUAUCCAAUAAAGGACAAACUCGAACGGAAACAGAAUAUUAUUAUUCAAGGACCCAAUACUCGGCGAAUUGUUUUCGAAAAACGUCGUAUUCACUUCUGGUGUUGUCAUUAG